AUGCACAAUUACAACGUCGAUCAUAAAUAUAAGUUCUAGACCCGUAUUGGAAAUUGGUUUGAAGAAUGGGAAUUGGAUGAAACCAAGAAGAAGGACUACUUGAAAAAUAGAUAAAAUGGAUAACUGGCAAGCAUAGUGAAAGACACAAAGACACAUUUCAGUUUAAGAUUGGCGUCUCUAACAUUUCCCCAAGACGAGUACAUCCAUUUUGGAUUCCAUUUGAUGCUCUAGAAUUUGAAGACUUAAGGGUAUCUCUCGAUAGACAUUCAGGAGAAAUUGAAAUUAUAGGAAGAAGCCUACAAUAUUACAACUGCAUAAACCACACAACCCACAGUGAGAUCAGUGUUCGUUAUACUCCCCUAUACUAAAGAACCAAAUUACUAUGGAGAUGAUAUAUUGCAUUACGGAUAGCAUUUCAGAGUAGUGGCAAAUCCCAGAAUAUCUAAUAAUAAAACAUUCUAUCUUCAUUCACUUCCUUAAACACCAACCAGAUGUGCUAAGAUAUCUAGAAAACAGGAGGUUUGUGCAAUCGAGAGUGAUGUAUUCAAUACAGUUUGGAAAUUUGAACAUGCUGAUCCAAAAAUCAGAUUCGAAAUGGAAGGACAACCAAUCAGAUCGGAUGAUACUGUAUUGAUUAAGCAUUCCUUCACUUAACAUUGGUUAGCCAGUGAUGAUAUAGUGUAUCAAAAUGAUUUUGGAAGAGAAAGAGAAGUCUUUGUGCAUUCCUAUCAAUGUUUGAACAAAACUUAAAACUUGAUAGCUGAGAAGGAAGGCAGAACCACCAUUGAUAUCCCUUUAAGAAAUCAAGAGCCAUAAAACCUAUGGAAGUUUUAGGUGGCCAGAAAAUAAAACGAGGAAUUUGAUGAAUCUGUGAUGGAUGACAAUAGGAAUGUGAAGAAUUUAAUGAUUAGAGUCAAAUAACAAAUCACUGGCAAAGGAGCUUAUGGAUUGAGAGGAUUGGCUAAAAUAUUUUUAGAAAUGGAUUAAAAUAAUAAUGGCGUAGUUGAGUAUAACGAUUUCAAGUGGGGUUUGAGGAAUUUUGGGUUGACUCUAUCGGAAGAUGAGACCAAAAUGAUCUUCUAAACAUUUGAUAAAAAUGGCAAUGGCAGAAUUGAAUUCAAUGAAUUUUUGGAUGCCUUCAGAUUAUAAAUGAGUGAUAAAAGACUUUACUAUGUAUAAAGAGCUUAUGCAUCUAUUGAGUAAAAGGCAGGGAAGGUCACAUUAGAGACAAUGGGUAGAUUGAUCAAUGUAAAGGAACACCCAGAUGUAUUGAAAGGAUAUAAAACUGAAAGACAAGUGUUUUAGGACUUCGUAUCUCAUUGGAAUAAGAGUAAUCCUGAUAGAGUGAUAUCGUUCUAAGAAUUUGGAGAGUUCUAUUAAGAUGUUUCCUCUUCUGUGUAGCAGGAUGAGACUUUCGAGGCUAUUUUAAAGAAAUCAUGGAAUUUAUGA